AUGGUAGUGAGCCAAGCUCCACUUGAGAAAAGUUCCAACACAAUUAGUCGUGAGUCACUUGCAAUGUUUAAGACAAGUCCAACUCUCCCCGUCACAGGACAAGUCCAACUCUCCCCGUCACAGGACAAGUCCAACUCUCCCCGUCACAGGACAAGUCCAACUCUCCCCGUCACAGGACAAGCCCAACUCUCCCCGUCACAAGACAAGUCCAUCUCUCCCUGUCACAGAGUUAGUCGAUCUCUCCCCGUCACAGGACAAGUCCAAAUCUCCCCGUCAAAACACAAGUCCAACUCUCCCCGACACAAGACAAGUCCAACUAUCCCCGUCACAGGACAAGUCCAACUCUCCCCGUCACGAGACAAGUUCAACCCUCUCCGUCACAGGACAAGUCCAACUCUCCGUCACAGAGCAAGAUCAACUCUCCGUCACAGCGCAAGACCAACUCUCCGUCACAGCGCAAGACCAGCUCUCCGUCACAGAGCAAGACCAACUCUCCGUCACAGACCAAGUCCAACUCUCCGUCAUAGAGCAAGUCCAACUCUCCGUCACAGAGCAAGUCCAACCCUCCCCGUCACAAGACAAGUCCAACUCUCCCCGUCACAAGACAAGUCUAACUAUCCCCGUCACAGGAAAAGUACAACUCUCCCCGUCACGAGACAAGUCCAACCCUCCCCGUCACAGGACAAGUCCAACUCUCCAUCACAGCGCAAGACCAACUCUCCGUCACAGCGCAAGACCAGCUCUCCGUCACAGAGCAAGACCAACUCUCCGUCACAGAGCAAGACCAACUCUCCGUCACAGAGCAAGACCAACUCUCCGUCACAUAGCAAGACCAACUCUCCGUCACAGAGCAAGUCCAACUCUCCGUCACAGAGCAAGUCCAACUCUCCGUCACAGAGCAAGACCAACUCUUCGUCACAGAGCAAGACCAAUUCUCCGUCACAGAGCAAGUCCAACUCUCCAUCACAGAGCAAGUCCAACUCUCCGUUACAAGACAAGACCAACUCUCCAUCACAGGACAAGACCAACUCUCCCCGUCAUAGAGCAAGUCCAACUCUCCGUUACAGAGCAAGACCAACUCUACGUCACAGAGCAAGACCAACUCCGUUACAGAGCAAGACUAACUCUCCGUCACAGAGCAAGUCCAACUCUCCGUCACAGAGCAAGUCCAACUCUCCGUCACAGGACAAGACCAACUCUCCAUCACAGGACAAGACCAACUCUCCCCGUCAUAGAGCAAGUCCAACUCUCCAGCAAGACCAACUCUACGUCACAGAGCAAGACCAACUCUCCCCGUCACAGAGCAAGACCAACUCUCCGUCACAGAGCAAGACCAACUCUCCGUCACAGAGCAAGACCAACUCUCCGUUACCGAGCAAGACUAACUCUCCGUCACAGAGCAAGACCAACUCUCCGUCACAGAGCAAGACCAACUCUCCGUCACAGAGCAAGACCAAUUCUCCGUCACAGAGCAAGACCAACCCUCCGUCACAUAGCAAGGCCAACCCCCCGUCACAGAGCAAGUCCAACUCUCCGUCACAGAGCAAGACCAACUCUCUCCGUCACAGCGCAAGACCAACUUUUCGUCACCGAGCAAGACCAACUCUCCGUCACAGAGCAAGACCAACUCUCCGUCACAGAGCAAGACCAACUCUCUUCGUCACAGAGCAAGACCAACUCUCCGUCACCGAGCAAGACCAACUCUCCGUCACAGAGCAAGACCAACUCUCUCCGUCACAGAGCAAGACCAACUUCGCGUCACAGAGCAAGACCAACUCCCCGUCACAGAGCAAGACCAACUCUCCGUCACAGAGCAAGACCAAUUCUCCGUCACAGAGCAAGACCAACCCUCCGUCACAUAGCAAGGCCAACCCCCCGUCACAGAGCAAGUCCAACUCUCCGUCACAGAGCAAGACCAACUCUCUCCGUCACAGCGCAAGACCAACUUUUCGUCACCGAGCAAGACCAACUCUCCGUCACAGAGCAAGACCAACUCUCCGUCACAGAGCAAGACCAACUCUCUUCGUCACAGAGCAAGACCAACUCUCCGUCACCGAGCAAGACCAACUCUCCGUCACAGAGCAAGACCAACUCUCUCCGUCACAGAGCAAGACCAACUUCGCGUCACAGAGCAAGACCAACUCCCCGUCACAGAGCAAGACCAACUCUCCGUCACAGAGCAAGACCAACUCUCCCCGUCACAGAGCAAGACCAUCUCUCCCCGUCAAAGAGCAAGACCAACUCUCCGUCACAGAGCAAGACCAACUCUCCCCGUCAAAGAGCAAGACCAACUCUCCGUCACAGAGCAAGACCAAGUCCGUCACAGAGCAAGACCAACUCUCCGUCACCGAGCAAGAGCAAGACCAACUCUCCGUCACAGAGCAAGACCAACUUUCCGUCAUAGAGCAAGACCAACUCUCCCCGUCACAGAGCAAGACCAACUCUCCGUCACAGAGCAAGACCAACUCCGCGUCACAGAGCAAGACCAACUCCCCGUCACAGAGCAGGACCAACUCUCCGUCACAGAGGAAGACCAACUCUCCGUCACAGUGCAAGACCAACUCCGUCACAGAGCAAGACCAACUCUCCGUCAAAGAGCAAGACCAACUCUCCGUCACAGAGCAAGACCAACUCUCUCCGUCACAGAGCAAGACCAACUCCGCGUCACAGAGCAAGACCAACUCCCCGUCACAGAGCAGGAACAACUCUCCGUCACAGAGGAAGACCAACUCUCCGUCACAGUGCAAGACCAACUCCGUCACAGAGCAAGACCAACUCACCGUCAAAGAGCAAGACCAACUCUCCGUCACAGAGCAAGACCAACUCUCCGUCACAGAGCAAGACCAACUCUCCGUCACAGAGCAAGUACAACUCUCCGUCACAGAGCAAGUCCAACUCUCCGUCACAGAGCAAGUCCAACUCUCCGUCACAAGACAAGACCAACUCUCCGUCACAAGACAAGAUCAACUCUCCGUCACAGGACAAGACCUACUCUCCAUCACAGGACAAGACCAACUCCCCAGCAAGACCAACUCUCCCCGUCACAGAGCAAGACCAACUCUCCGCCACAGAGCAAGACCAACUCUCCGUCACCGAGCAAGACCAACUCUCCGUCACAGAGCAAGUCCAACUCUCCGUCACAGAGCAAGACCAACUCUCCCCGUCACAGAGCAAGACGAACUCUCCGUCACAGAGCAAGACCAACUCUCUCCGUCACAGAGCAAGACCAACUCUCCGUCACAGAGCAAGUCCAGCUCUCCGUCACAGAGCAAGUCCAGCUCUCCGUCACAGAGCAAGACCAACUCUCCGUCCCAGAGCAAGUCCAACUCUCCGUCACAGAGCAAGUCCAACUCUCCGUCACAGAGCAAGACCAACUCUCCCCGUCACAGAGCAAGACCAACUCUCCGUCACAGAGCAAGACCAACUCUCUCCGUCACAGAGCAAGACCAACUCUCCGUCAUAGAGCAAGUCCAGCUCUCCGUCACAGAGCAAGUCCAGCUCUCCGUCACAGAGCAAGACCAACUCUCCGUCCCAGAGCAAGUCCAACUCUCCGUCACAGAGCAAGUCCAACUCUCCGUCACAGAGCAAGACCAACUCUCCCCGUCACUGAGCAAGACCAACUCUCCGUCACAGAGCAAGACCAACUCUCUCCGUGACAGAGCAAGACCAACUAUCCGUCACAGAGCAAGUCCAGCUCUCCGUCACAGAGCAAGUCCAGCUCUCCGUCACAGAGCAAGACCAACUCUCCGUCCCAGAGCAAGUCCAACUCUCCGUCACAGAGCAAGUCCAACUCUCCGUCACAGAGCAAGACCAACUCUCCGUCACAGAGCAAGACAAAACACUAUUCACACAAAAACCAUUACUAACAACACUGGAUCAAUAGUUAAGACUGUUUAA